AAGAGUAAAAUCAGAAUUCACCACUCUCACGAAUCUCAAUCAUUGUUUAUUUUCUCAUUUUCUUAUCUCUCAGUCAUUCACAUUUCACACACAAACGAUGACGUUUUAAGUUUCUUGGCGAUUCCCUUUCAAGUGUUUGCGAGAGAAUGGAGUUCGGUCGGGAAGCCGGGGAGGUGGGAGGCGAUAGCGGCGGCGUUCGGGGGGAGGCACAGGGUGGAGAGUGUGAUAAAAAAAGCGAAGGAAUUGGGGGAGAAGAGAGUGGAUGAUUCGGAAUCGUAUGCGCAGUUUUUGAAGAAGAGGAAGGCGUUGGAUAAGAGGGUUGUGGAGGAGAAUGAGGGUGAAAGUGAGGGGAAAGCAGUUGAUAAUGGUUGGAGUUCUGCUGAGGAUAUUGCAUUGCUGAAUGCUUUGAAAGCGUUUCCUAAGGAAGCUUCCAUGAGGUGGGAGAAGGUUGCUGCUGCUUUUCCCGGGAGAUCCAAGCCUGCUUGCAUGAAGAGAUUCGCCGAAUUGAAGAAAGGCUUUCUGACUGCAAAAGCUGCAGCCGAGUAGGAUCAUUUUUUUUGUUUAAUUGUUGAGCUAAAUGGAUUCUUCGACUUGUAACUUUGAACACAUUUUUUUGUUUCUAGCUAUUUCAGUUAUUAUUUAUGUUGAAGUUCUGGUUCUGUAACUUUAUAUAAUGCAUUGAACUGACCGAGAUUGUGUAUUCGUAAUCUCUUACAGUGAGCAUAAAUAUUUAAUAUUUCGGCUUCAA